UCAUAAUCAUCAUAAACCCUAAAAAAUCGUUUUUUUUUUCCUUCUCCUCAAAUUUGAACCCUUGAAAGAUCCAUCACUCAUCAACUCUUUAACGGCACGAGUCACCACUGAUCGAUGAUUGAGUCUUUUGUCUUCCCUGCUCAACAUAAGUUUGAGAUUUGUGCUCGAAUUGAGUUAGAUUGAUUGGUAGAAUUGCUUCAAAAAUUGUUAUUUUCGGGAUUUGUAGUAAUCGCAUUGCCUGUUGUCAUGUAUGCUCUGAUACUCCAUGGAAGAAGGUUGGUACAGUUGCAGAAAUGGUGUAACUUUAGUCUUUCAGUGCAAAAGGCAUCACCUACAUCCAAUUUCUUCUCCUCUGCUUCUGCUGCGUGUUUGAGUCCUAGAGUUGGUCGAAAAGGAAACAACUUUACAGUCUCUUACCUUGUUGAUUCAUUGGGCUUAACCACAAAACUCGCUGAAUCCAUUUCACGGAAGGUUAGCUUCGAGGACAAGAACAAUCCUGAUUCUGUUCUGAAUCUUUUGACAAGUCAUGGGUUCACAGGUUCUCAGAUCUCCACCAUCAUUAGGGAUUACCCACAGUUGCUUAUAGCAGAUGCUGAGAAAUCACUUGGUCCCAAGCUUCAGUUUUUGCAGUCUAGAGGAGCUUCAAGCUCUGAAAUCACUGAGAUUGUUUCUUCAGUUCCGGAAAUAUUGGGAAAGAAAGGGCACAAAACUAUCAGCGUAUACUAUGAUUUCAUCAAAGACACUUUGCUUGAGAAGAGUUCCAAGAACGAAAAGUUAUGUCAUUCUUUGCCACAGGGUAAUCUGGAGAACAAGAUCAGAAAUGUAUCGGUUUUAAGAGAAUUGGGAAUGCCUCACAAGUUGUUAUUCUCCUUGCUCAUCUCCGAUAGCCAACCUGUAUGUGGAAAAGAAAAAUUUGAAGAAACCCUCAAGAAAGUUGUUGAGAUGGGUUUUGAUCCUACCACCUCAAAGUUUGUCGAAGCUCUACAAGUUAUUUACAAAAUGAACGAGAAAACAAUCGAAGAAAAAGUCCAUCUCUAUAAAAGCUUAGGCUUUGAUGUGGGAGAUGUAUGGUCAAGUUUUAAAAAGUGGCCAAUCUCGCUGAGAGUAUCGGAGAAGAAGAUGUUGGACUCCAUUGAAACAUUUCUUGGCCUAGGAUUCAGCAGAGAUGAGUUUGCCAAGAUGGUCAAGCACUUUCCUCCGUGCAUUGGAUUAUCUACAGAGACGGUCAAAAAGAAAACUGAGUUUCUGGUGAAGAAGAUGAAUUGGCCACUAAAGGCUGUUGUUUCAAACCCUGCGGUAUUUGGAUAUAGCCUGGAGAAGAGGAUUGUUCCAAGGGGUAACGUAAUCAAAGCUCUCAUGUCCAAAGGAUUGAUGAGAAAUGAACUCCCUUCGAUAUCGUGUGUCCUCAUGUGUACCAAGCAGGUGUUUUUAAACAGGUAUGUGGCGAAUCACGUGGACAAGCAGCUGGUGACGGAGUUGAUGGCUAUCUAUCGUGCUUCAUAAAUUUAAACUCUUUCUCUCUCUUUAAACUGUAAUUUUCCCAUAUAUUACUGAGGUUUCUAGCCAAAGAGCUGCAGGGGACAUGUGAAUCCAAAUUCUAUGUUUGUUGAUUUCUUCUAAAGCAGAGAUAGUUUCUGAAUUCACUGUGACAUUGUUUGGAUAUGGAGUUGAAUGAUGCAAUGCAGCUCUUGAGUUCUACGAUUGAUCACAUUGGUGAUCUUGGUCUUUACUUGCUAUGGCGUUUCAUACUCAUUUUUUCUGAGCUUAUGGUACAUUGUCCCACAUCAUUAGGACUCAUAAAUCAUAUUAUCAUCCAAUCCAGGUUGGUAAAAUCUGGAAUCUAGCUAUUACUCUAGAAACUUCAAAGCUCUGGAUGGUUUGAAGUUUGGUGAGUUUUUGCGAUGGCUGACGACCAUUGGAGUGAACACACUCAAGUUUAUUUCUCUGUUUGACCUACAAGGUAAUAUGCUUUUUAGUGUACACACUCAAGCUUAUUACUCUAGGUUUAUUGAAUAAAUCGAAGGAUAUGAUCAUCGAAACCGUUUCACACUCAACGUUGUUAUGGGGUAUCAUUGAGAUAAUGUAUUGCUUUGGUUGUUCAUUAAUGUGCUCACUCAACGCAUUUGCCCCCAAUAUCUCUGGAAACUAAUUGUAACAGAACUCUCUUUUCCUUUUUUUUAGUCUUAUUGUGUUUUUAGCCAUAUGAGAUAUGGUUCCCUUGUAAAAAAGGCAAUCUACAAGUUUACAAGGGUACGUUAAAAGUUAAAACUAUGGUAAGUUCCUUUCAUCUUUGAAGAAUUCAGAAUCUAUUUUCAUAAAAGUUUGCACCUUUAACCUGAAUUUAGCUAUGGGAUGAUCGAAGGCCAUUUACUUUACUUCUUAGAGCUUUGUUUACUCAGCGAUGGACCUGUGCAAUUGUGAGUUGCUAGAAAUAUUUCUCGGAAAACCUUAUUCGCAGUCGUAUUUGUGGCUAUUCAGGUCUUGAGAAGGAAAGGAGAAUUAGGAAGUCAGAAGAGAUGAGAAAUGUUUCAAAAUAGCUCUUUGAAAAGUUGAAAUAUCGGUUGAAAAUGCUUGGUGGUUUAAAGGUGGAGGUGCAGGUCCUGUGGCUAUAUAGAGGGUUUAAUAUUUUGGCUGAGGGAUUAUCUAUUGUUGAGAAGCUUGGUGGUUCGUAUACUGAAGGUAAAUUAUGAUCUUUGUACAGUUUCUGAUACCGUCAUAUACUCUCAUUGAUGAACUUAUUCUGGACUGGGUGCUGGUGAUGUCUAAUUCUCUGUAUUCCGGAAGAGGUAAAAGGACUUGCAUUUUAGCAGAAUCACGGGGAGGAACCAAAAAGCAAAGCUUUCUAUGGAAAAAAUCCAAGGCCUUUUACUUUUACUUGUUAGAGCCAGAAAAAUGGAUAAGCUUUGUUUGCCCUGCGUUUGAGGGUUUCUUAAAUUGUUUUGGAUGAUGAAAUGAAGAAGUUUCUGUUGUUGCUUGACAUUAAGUUCUGUUGUCUUGUUACUUUGGUGUUCUAACAAACCGACCUUAACUCGUGCAUGAUAUACUUAACUUCAAUGUUGUCACGACAAGUCCAGC